UCUAAAAGGAUAAUUUGACCUCGGCGUCUCUCCCUCAUCUCUCUCCUUUCCUUUUGCCAUGAAGCUCCUUAAUAACCUUAGUUUGAAAUCACCUUUUUAACCAACGGGUUGGAGGAUGGAGAAACAGAGAUCGAGAUGUAAGGUUGUUUUAUUCAUAUAGAUCUGAGGCCUGAAAGGAGAUUUGUUACCCAUUGAAGAAUGUCUGCUCCUGCUGUUCCAGACCAUGUUUGCUAUGUUCACUGCAACUUCUGCAAUACCAUCCUUGUGGUAAGUGUUCCAGGCAGCAAUUUGUCCGCGACUGUGACAGUAAGAUGCGGACAUUGUGGGAAUUUGCUGUCUGUGAAUAUGGGAGUUCCUCCUCAGUCAAUGCCAUUUCAAGAUCUUCAGGGCGCUCAGCUCUUACGUUGGAACUGCGAAUCAUCUUCAAAUUGUAACAGGAUUUCACUGUUCAAUGCCGUUGGCAGUAAUCAGCUGGAUAUGCCUCCAAUACAUCCACAGGAGAAGAGACAGCGUGUUCCUUCUGCAUAUAACAGAUUUAUCAAGGAGGAGAUACGUAGGCUAAAGGCAACAAAUCCAGAUAUAAGUCAUAGAGAAGCCUUCAGUGCUGCCGCAAAGAAUUGGGCACAUUUUCCAAAUAUCCAUUUCGGUCUUAACCAUGAUGGAAACAGUCAGGUGAAGAUUGAUGAUGCCAUUCCUGCUCACGGAGUUCAGAAUUCUCAAGGUUACUACUGAUCAAUCAUGGAUUAUUUGAGUUGAUGUUAAAAUAAAUCUCCUUCUUAGCUACUUUAAAUUGAAUUUUAUGAAGCAGAAAUCAAUGUGUUUGAAAAUGAUUAUGAUGCUCUUAAUAAAGAUUGUAAUGUGUUUCAUAGUAUAAUUAAUUUGGUUAAUUUGUUU